GAUUUAUUUUAAGAAUACAAUGUGACCGAAUAUGGUGAGUUCUUUCAUUGUAAAAGAGACGACAAAGCCAUACCAACGUCGAUGAUGUGUAUAUAUGCCGUAGAUGCCAGCGGUUACAUGACUGGAUGCAGAUCUGGAGAUCAUUUACAACAUUGCGAAACCUUCACUUGUCCAGCAAAUACAGUAAAAUGUCCAGGAAGUUUUUGUAUUGAACAACGAUUUCUUUGUGACGGACAUAAUGAAUGUCCUGGAGGAGAAGAUGAGCAAGACUGUACUUGUGGAGACUCGGAUAGAGAAGUAAUCUUAUUUGUGGAAAAUGAUGACUCUGAGAGCAGGGAAGCAGCAACGCAUUUAGCAAAACAAUUUUUCACAAACAGUGACAAUAACAUCGUAAGAUUGUUUCUUUUUAAGAUUCUGCAUAGAGAAAUGAAGUUUGACAUAGAUUACAAGUUAUUGGAAAUAAACGUAGAACGUGUAAAAGGAGAAAAGGAGACUGAGGAAACUGGAU